CUGGGGAGGGGUCGGGGGAUGAGGAUCAUACAGGGGCCUCAGUCUCCCUCUGGACAGUGUUGUGUUGGGACUGGCAUCUUGCGCUCCGGGAUAAUUGUGUGAUUGUGGAUUAAUUAUGAGUCAGUGAGAGCGUGUGCGAUCGUUGUCAUCGUCUUGUAAGAUACUGUAGUGGUUACCAUGUUGCCACGACCUUCAACCUCCAUGCUGGCCGCCCUGGUCGUUCUGGCGACCCAGGUGUGUCUUGGCCAGCACCUUGAGAACGACCUGCAGUCCCUCCUCCAUGACUUGGACGUCAACCAGGGUGCUCCUCCCCUUGGCGACGCUGAUGAUGACUUCGAAGUGGAGGUGUUCUACCGGCCGGAACCUGAAGAGCGGGCGGCGUCGCCGCCGGCUUCAGUGGCAAGGAAAGGUGGGGAGGGUGUGCGGAGGCUGUGGGGUGUUGCCGAUACGGAAGCCCAAGCCGGACGCCUCUUCUCGUAUCCUAUUCCCGCUGAUGCGUUCGAGGGCGACGUCGUUUCUUACAAGGUGAAAGGGUUACCAUGGUGGUUGUACUGGGACAGUGAGCGAGGUGUUGUGGAGGGUGUACCACGCUCAGCGGACCGUGGGCAUCACUAUGUUACUAUCAAGGCUCAGGGCAAUGAUGGAGCUUUGGCCAAGGAUGUCUUUGCUGUUGAUGUCAUUGAGCUGCCAGGUACCACUUUAUCUCAUGAAGCUGGAUGUCACCCUAAAGAGGAUGUGACAGUUCUCUCUGUUAUUCUUAAUGCUCAUCUUCCCACGUUGGAUUCUAAAGCACGGGUCAGACUUCUUCGUUCUGCAAUUAAGUUCUUGGGAGCAAAAGAGGUAUCCCUGGUAUCUGCUCCACACGACUCUGAUCCUCUAGCAGAUGACUCUGCCAUUCUAGCAGGGCCAGGGAGUGCCAGGCUGACCAACACUGGCCGCCGCUCAGAGAGCCUGUCUCAGCUGCAGUGGGUAGUGGGAUGUGGUGGUGAAGUGUCCAAGAACAAGCAAAAGGAAGUUGAUCAUACUGAAGCAACAGCCAAGAAUGGAGAGCUACAACGAGUGCUGUCUGUUCCAGUUUUAGGUUGGCAUGUGACCCAGGUGAACCCAACAUCACGGAGGGUUAGAAGGGAUACAGAUUACUCAGGUGAUUACAACUAUGAUGCCUAUGAUUACAACUACGAAUAUGAAGAGAAGGAUGGAGACGAAGAAUUCUUGACAUUUGAUGAUUAUGAGCCCGAGACGCGAGUAAUUCCUUCGCUGGCCACUCCUGUUUUCCCAGAAGCAUCUGCAACAUAUUACCCAGGGCAUGGGGGCUAUCCAGAUGAUUCUUUGCGCUUUUCACCUGUUCCUAUCUCAACACCAGUUUAUGUUCCUGUCAAACCAACACGUGUUGUUGAGGCAAGCCCAACAGUAACAUACGAGACUGCAUAUCCAACUGAUGCACCAUUCAUCCCUGAGCUUGAGGGAUCUAUUGUCUCACAACCAUCAACAUCGGUUGAGUCUACAACACCUCUGACCACCACAGAAACAAAGACAAAGAAGCCUAUCUCUCCUACCAGACCAAUAGAAUCCACAAGCGUCCCAACAGUUGCAGUCACGACAGAAAUUGGAGUCAAGAACUUUGCACCACGUGUCAAGAAACGUAUACAAAAAUUGGCUUGGAUUGCUGGCCACGUUUAUCGCUUGCCAAUACCCCGCGAUACUUUCGAGGAUGUUGAAGAUGGUGACACAAGUAACUUAAGACUACUGUUUAAGACAUCACAAGGGAUAACAGUUGGGCGGAAUUCUUGGAUUCAGUUUAAUCCAGCCAAACAAGAGAUCUAUGCUUUACCCCUUGAAAAAAAUAUUGGUCGUUAUACGUACCUCUUGGAGGCUCUAGACUCUGAGGGUAAAACUACCACUGAUUCAGUUAUGAUCCACGUGCAGCAAGCUCGAGAAGCUCGCAACUACAAUCACAGAUUCACUGCUACUUUCAAGCUCGAAAAGAAAUACGAGUUUGAAUUUGUGUACUCUCUUGACUGGCAGGUGAAGGCUGUAGAGAAGAUUGCACAAACCUACAAUGACCCAACAACAGACAACAUCAAUAUCCGUUCCAUUUCCCUAAAUCCCAUCAGGCUUACUUGGACCAAUACAUCAUUAGCUGAUCCACGCUCUACUGUUUGCCCAUCUGAUGAGCUUGAGGCUUUAGCUGAGGUUGUGAUAAGCGGAGAUGACCAUGAAAUGACACGUGAGAUUAAGGAAGCCUUCCAACCCGAAUUUCACCUCAAGCGUGUCCACCUUCACUACCUUGGACCUUGUGAACGGCAUGGAUUAUCCAAGCCAGGGCCUCCUAGGCCUCCUCAGCCAGAUGAGCCUGAUGUGUCUGGAGGGGGAAGUGAGGUGUAUGUCAAUGAACCACCAAUCAUACGCAACCAGAUUGACUUCCUUAAUGCCACCCAGGGAUCCUUGUUCCGCUUUCAGGUUCCAAUUGACACUUGCUAUGAUCUUGAGGAUGGAGACUCUCGUCGUCUAACAAUGCGCUUGCUGACUUCAAAUCUGUCACCACCACCUCUUGACUCCUGGCUGCAAUUUGAUGCUGCCAACCAAGAAUUUUUUGGUAUUCCUUUAGCUGGUGAUACUGGUAAAACUGAAUACAUUCUGGAGUGUGUGGAUAAUGGUGGAGAGAAAGUUAAUGAUGCCUUGUUUGUCAAUGUUUUACCAAGACCAUCAAGGAAGAUGCCUCCAGUUGAGUUUUCCAUGAAGAUUGAUACAAACUAUCAGCAGUUCAUGAGUGAUGCUCGCCAGAAAGCCCGUUUGAUUGACCGAAUUAAGGAAGUGUUCAGCGAUGCUGAUGCAGGACACAUAAUUGUUGACAGCUUCCGUAAAGGAUCUGUGAUUCUAACAUGGCACAAUGGGUCACUGCCAGCAGAGCCAUGUCCGAAUGAAGAUAUUAGGAAACUAAGAGAAAUUAUGGUUGAUAGUAAUGGUCAAUUGUUACAAGAAUUUAUUGAUGCAUUCUCUCCAGACUUCAAGGUGACAGGAGGGUCUGUAAAACCUACAGGUGCCUGCCUAGGUGAAGAUACACCAACCCAUAUUGAAGAGGAGAUUCACCAUCCCCCAGUUGAAGAGGGUAUUCAAGGAGAAGAAAAUGACUACCUUCUCAACUUCAUUAUUCCUGCUGUUAUCAUUGCUGCUAUGUUGCUCCUGGCUGCUAUUAUUGCAUGCUGCCUUUACCGUCGACGACGCUACGGAAAAAUGACAAUGGCAGAUGAUCGUACUUUUGUCAGCAAGGGCAUUCCCAUUAUCUUCGCAGAGGAACUGGAUGACAGACCUGAUCCAGCCAAGAGUCCAGUUAUAAUGAAGGAUGAGAAACCUCCACUACCUCCUCCAGAAUACCAGCGAGGGUCAUCUCCAGCUGCCUCUUCAACACCUCCCACCUCUGACCGUCGCCGUCCACAAUCUGGUGAUGUAGCAGAUGAUACUCCUUCCUACCAGCCUCCCCCACCCUUCACUGCUACAAAUGGGGCCUCUCGCCAUCCUCGCCCCAACAUGCCACCCACAUACAGGAAGCCACCCACAUAUGUGCCUCCCUAAAACUAGUUCAGUUAUGUCAAAUUAUGCCUAGUGGGUGAGAAAACCAGUGUAAAUUAAUUGGUUACAAUAAUGGUGCCUAUAUAGUGACUUGCCCAGGUUCAUUAGGGAGACAAGUACCUCCAGUGGAACAGGGAGAUAUAGGGAAAUUUUCUGGUGUCAAAUGUUAUCAACUAUUUUAAAUUUUAUUGAUUAAGCUAUAACAAAAUUUGUAUUUAAAGGCUUAUGUUAGAGACGUAUCUUGUUAGUGUAUAACUUUAUUAAGAGAUUUGUUAUGGAGCAAAGUUUCCCUAGUCUUCAAGCUCUUCUAGAAUGACAAGUUCGAAGUAUAUUGAUGUUAGAUUAAUUUUAUCAUAAAUAUUUAAAGGUAACCAGUGUCACUAAAAAAUAAAAUUGCUUUUAAAUGCUAAUUUGGUGUAUGCUUAUUAAAUACCGAGCGUUAACCUUAGUCUCAAAGAAGGGUAAUAUUUUACUUGGCACAAAUUUUUUUAUAUAUAGGACUGUCAGACAUGAUGUUUGUGUUAGUAACACCUGGAGGAUGUUCGUCUCACUGUCAUUAUCACCUGGAGGGGUGUCACAUUUUGUAUAAUCCUGAAUAUGUGCAUCAUGUGGUACUUAUAUCUGAUGCAAUACAAUUUUAAUAAUGUUUUAGAUAUCUGAAUCUUAACUAUGAUGUUGCAUAUGAGAUCACUCAUGUGUAAUGCAAGACAAUAUAAUGAGGCAAGCCUUUAUUGGGGGGGGGUUAUCAAAUAAAAGAUAAGUUUGCUCAUUGUCUUCGUUUCACCCAUUUUUGAGAAGUUUGACUAAUUGCAGUCAUACUUGUAUGUAAGGCAAUUCUUACCAGUGGUGUUGCAGGUUGACUAAUUCUUACCUAUAUGUAGUCUCUGCACAUAUAUUUAGAGGUUUACAUCAGAUAGUAUCAAAAUGUGGUGCCAUGCCUCAGGUGUUGUGUUGUAAAAGCCAAAUAUUUUUAAGAGAGUCACCAGCAGAUGUAGUAUGAACCUCAUUAUUUUACUGCCAUAUGUCUUCUCUAUAUAGGAAACUUAAAAUUUUCUGGUAAAAUUUGAGAUGGUGAACCAAACUAAUUUUCUUUCUCUCUCAAGACUGGCCAUGUUGAUUGCCUGUCUUUACUUAUAAAUAGUAUUUAUGUAAUGACUGCCAGGCACCAAUACCUUGACAAUCUAGGGCCAAAUUAAAUGAUAUUACAGGUAUUAAAUAUAAUAGUUUGUGUAUAGCACAAUUAUAAAUAAAAUUAAAGCAAGCACAAAAAUACACUUAGUUUUAAGAAUUUGUGGGAAGCACUGAACCCAUGAGGGUCAUAAAACUUGAUUGAAGGAAAGGGAAAAAUAGAUCCAGUUUCUUUGAGCAAGAGCCCCUCACCAUUAUCAAGAUACCUUCCUUGAGGGGUAAAGACUUAAUCACAAAUACUAUAUAAUUGGCUAGGAAACAAUAUCAUCUGUUAUAUAUUCACCUCUUAAAAUAUUGUAGCAAAUAUGUUUGCCAUGUAAUAAUUCACUAAUAAAUAAAAUCAUGAUGUUGCUUCAUCUUCAUAUCAAUAUACAAUAUAUUUGUGUCAUUUGUUAACACCUGUACAUAGCUACACCAUAUAUUUUUUUUUCUUUUGAUCACUGAAGUGUUGGGAUAAUUCAAAAUAAACCUUUAGAUCAUCUGUCACCAGCAGCACCUAUAUUUUUGAAAGCUUAAUCAUAACUAGAAACAUUCAUAGAUAUUGCAAAUUACUGGAAUUCUUUCAAAACAUUUUUUUUUUAUUAUAUUCAGGAACAUAUGCUAUCAAAACAUUAAUAACUUCACUUGAUUUUCUAAAAUGCAUGACACACCAAAAGUUUCUUGAUGAGAGAUCUAGUCAUCUCUCAUAGAGUCCUCUACUUGCUUACUAGUAUCCAUCUAACAGCUAGAACUAGGCUCGUAGACAUGAAUGGCUGAUUGAAAGGAUUAUUUUUCAGUGCAUUAGUCGAGAAAUUUGACUACAGGUUAUGUGUAUCGCUUUAAUGAUAUGUUGGACUGACGAUAGUAGUACAUGAAUGAUGAUUCAACAUUUCUUCCAAAUGUUCAAUCUGAUGAAGACUUCCUGUACAUUUUUAUGUAAUUUACAAUAUAAUGAAAGAUUUAUAUUUGUUAAGGCAUUUAAUUAGAAGCUGUGGCUACUUUAUACCCUAGGUAUGUAUGUGCAUAGGUAAGGUCAUUUAAGAUCUUUUCUAGUAACACUAGGAUGAUACUUUGAGAAUGUGUGUGUAAGGUAUGGCUAAUUUUUUUCAGAAGUGAAGCUUUUAGUUUAAGCAAAUUUCCUAUUUUUGAUGGUAAAUUAUGAUGUUUAUUGAACGAAUUGACUUUAGAUGAUCACCCAGUUGAAAUAAAAGCAAGUGAUAUUUAUCCUUAUUCUGGAUACCUCAUUGAAGAGGAAGAUGCAGUUGGUGGUAUCUCAGGGUUUCUUGCAUAAGGCCAAUAUUAAUCUUUUAUUUCUGGUUAUGGUGUAGCUGCUGUACCCUCCUUAAGGUGUCACUUUGCUCACUGCCCACCUUAUGGAGUUGGCCAGCACCUCCAAAUACCUCUUGGUGAGCUCAUUUUAUUGCAUCUUUUCAUUUCUACUAAUAAAUACAAUUUUAAUUGAAAUAAAUUUGUAACAAGAACAACAGCUUAAGUUUAAGAAUUAAUUUGCUUACUAUAUAUAUCCCUGUAAAGGUUACAUUUAAUGCUUUUUAUGAUGUUAGUAAUCAAAGUAGUUUUCUAUGGUGUGUGUGCGCGCACAUGCUUGUGUGUAAAUGUACCUACUUCUCUAUAUAUGGUUGUAGGAGUUGAGUCAGCUCCUGUGUGUGUGUGUUUGUGUAUUUGUCAGUGGCCAUGUGUUCAUGCUUUAUAUAUGGAAGUUCACUUCCUGCCAUGUGGAAGUAAAAAUUCCUGUCCAAUAUAAGUAUUUAUGUAAAAUUUGUAAUACUGGCAUCUAUUCAGAUCGUAUAUCUUGAAGUAUCUGUCAGAUAUGUAUACUUUAGGUUUGGUAUUGAACUUAAGAGUUUUAUGCUAAAAAGAUACAUACUUGUUAAUUUUGUAAUGAAAACAUGAAUGUUUAAUGUAAGUAUGAGAUACAUAUUGAUCCAGACCUUUGGUGCUGGCUUCUUGGCACAUAGCUUGAAUGAAAGGAUAAGGCAUGACUGACCUGUAUAAUUAAGUUAUUAGAGUAACAGUAAUAUUCUACAAUUCCUAAUGUCAUAAUGCAGGUUUAGAUUUUUCUUUGCCUUGUAAUUUUGUAGUACAGUAAAUUAAUUUUAACUAAUAUGUCACCAGCAAGGUAAAAACAAAGUCAUAACAUGCUAGGUGAUAACAUUCAAUCCUGCACAAAGUUUAAACUGUGUGACUGCAAAACAGAGAAAUAAAUGGAGAUUUUUUAAA